AUGUUUACGCAGCAGCUGAAAGGACCCCUAGCCUUGUGGGCGAUCAUUUUUAUACCGACAAUUGCUGGGCUUGACAACGAUGGAAGAUCUGUGUGGGGGAAAGAGUCCAGUUCAAGUUUUGUGAAUGAAACCCAGAUGUUUUUGCACGACACGUUCCCCAAAAAGUUCUUCUGGGGUGUGGGGACCAGCGCUUUUCAGGUGGAGGGUGCCCAAAGGAAAGAUGGAAGGGGACCGUCGAUAUGGGAACAGUUUGCCCGUUCAGAGCUGAGAGCUGGUUCCCAGAUAGAUGACUCCAGUGACAGCUACAUUUUUUGGCAGAAAGAUUUAGCAGCUCUGGAUUUUUUGGGAGUUUCUUCUUACCACUUUUCAAUUUCAUGGUCAAGGCUCUUCCCCACUGGGACGGUGACAGCUGUCAACGAAAAGGGGCUUCAGUACUACAACAGUCUCCUAGAGGCUCUGGUUCACAGGCACAUUGAGCCUGUGGUCACCCUUUACCACUGGGAUUUGCCCUGGAUUCUGUACGAGAGAUAUGGGGGGUGGAAAAACGAAUCCCUCAUCAAUGUUUUCGAUGACUACGCAACUUUUUGCUUCCAAGCUUUUGGUGAUCGAGUCAAGUACUGGAUUACAAUCCACAACCCUUAUCUAGUUGCUUGGCAUGGGUAUGGCACAGGGAUCCAUGCUCCCGGAGAGAAGGAAGAAAGCGCUGUCCCUCUGGUAGGACAUAAUCUGAUCAAGGCACAUGCAAGAGUCUGGCAUAAUUACAACAAAAAUUUUCGACCACAACAGAAAGGGUUUUUGUCGAUAACUUUGGGAUCCCACUGGAUCGAACCGAGCAGAUCCAAAAAUGAAGAAGACAUCAGAAAGUGUCAGCAGUCCAUGCAGAAAGUGCUUGGGUGGUUUGCCAAGCCAAUACAUGGGGGUGGAGAUUACCCAGAAGACCUGAAGACAGAAUUUGCCUCUCUCUUGCCAAACAGUACCGAGACUGAGAAGAACUACAUUAAAGGGACCGCUGACUUCUUUGCAUUUUCCUUUGGUCCAAAUAACUUUAUACCACCAAAGAAACUACCCAAAAUGGGGCAAGUUUUCUCACUCAACCUGAGGGAAGUGUUGAACUGGAUUAAGUUGGAAUAUAACAAUCCUAGAAUCCUGAUUGCAGAAAAUGGCUGGUUUACCAACAGCCACGUGAAAACGGAAGAUACCACAGUUAUCUACUUGAUGAAGAACUUUAUUAAUAAGGUCUUGCAAGCGAUUAAAUACGAUCAAAUUGAUGUAUUUGGUUACACGGCCUGGUCCCUCCUGGAUGGAUAUGAAUGGCAACAUGCCUACAAUAACCGACGUGGGUUAUUUUAUGUAGAUUUUAAUAGCAAAGAAAAAGAGAGGAUUCCCAAAUCAUCCGCAUUUUAUUACAAGGAAAUCAUACAAGAAAACGGCUUUCCUCUGAAAGAAUCAGCUUUCCACGGCCAGUUUCCCUGUGACUUCUCCUGGGGUGUGACAGAGUCAGUUAUUAAGGCAGAAUCUGUCGCUUCCUCACCACAGUUCUGCGAUCCUAACCUCUAUCUCUGGAAUCUUACCGGAGAUGGACUUUUCUACCAGGUGAAGGGAGUGAAACUGAAAACCCGACCGGCACAAUGUACGGAUUUUGUUACCAUUAAAACGCAACUUGACCUGCUGUCCAAGUUGAAAAUCACCCAUUAUAGAUUUGCACUCAAUUGGUCGCUGCUUCUGCCUAGCGGCGAUUUGAAAUCCAUCAAUGGCCAAGUCCUUCGAUACUAUCGAUGUGUGAUCAGUGAGCUGCUAAAACUCAACAUCCAGUCUGUGGUCACCUUAUAUUAUCCAACUCACCGUUCGUUGGGGCUGCCUGGUCCUUUAGUCCAGAAUGGUGGCUGGUUGAAUCAGUCCACUGUCCAGGCUUUCCAAACCUACGCAGAGAUGUGUUUUCGGGAGAUUGGGGACUUGGUUAAAUUCUGGAUCACAAUAAAUGAACCUAAUCGACUCAGUGAUAUUUAUAACAGCAGCAGUAACCACACCUAUCAGGCUGCGCAUAAUCUGUUGAUAGCCCAUGCCUCGGCUUGGCAUGUCUACGAUAAACAUUAUCGAUCCACCCAGCAUGGUCAGAUCUCUUUAUCUCUGCAUUCUGAUUGGGCAGAACCCGCCAACCCAUUUGUGGACACCCAUUGGGAAGCUGCUGAGAGAUUCCUUCAGUUUGAAAUAGCUUGGUUUUCUGAUCCAAUCUUUAAGACGGGGGACUAUCCUGCAGCUAUGAGAGAAUACCUCGACUACAAGAAGAGCAGAGGGCUCUCUAGUUCUUCCCUGCCAUAUUUCACAAAGGAAGAGAAGGAACUCGUGAAAGGGGCUGCCGAUUUUUACGCGCUCAAUCAUUUCACCACGCGGUUUGUGAUCCACGAGUCUAAAAAUGGAAGUCGGUACGACUUUGAUCAGGAUGUUCAAUUUCUGCAAGACAUCACCUGCCUAAACUCUCCGUCUCGCUCAGCAGUCGUGCCUGCCGGGUUACGCAAAAUCCUGAACUGGAUUAGAAAACGUUAUGGCGACCUAAAUAUCUACAUCACGGCAAACGGGAUAGACGAUCAGUCUUUAAUCGACGAUGGACUUCGUAAAUACUACAUUGAAAAAUAUGUCCAGGAAGCCUUAAAAGCUUACCACAUUGACAAAGUCAACGUCCGAGGCUAUUUUGCGUUUAAACUCACUGAUGAAAAAUCCAAACCCAGACUGGGCUUCUUCACCCACGAAGGCAAGGCCAAGGCUUCCGUUCCGUUCUACAACCGUCUCAUUAGCCGCAACGGCUUUCUCUUGGAGCCUGCAAACAUCUGUGGCCAGCGCGAGGAAGACGCAACCUGCACGCUCUGCCUGCUUCUAGCGCAGAAAAAGCCGCUCGUAUUCUUUGGGUGCUGCCUUUGCUCGACUCUCAUCUUGCUCUUAAGCAUUAUUGUUUUCCACAAAAGGAAAAGGAGAAAAUGGCACUGGUCGAAAAAUCUGGAGUACAUGUGCGUUCCUAUCAAAAGUAGACAUAAGAAAGUUCUCAACCAGAUAUAGAGUGGUCUCCCCCCCCCCCCCCUGCAUGUGAAUGUCAAUGGCGAGGAUAAGUUGUUGAAAGCACUCCAAAUCACUCCACCAAGAUACUUGCAAAAGAAUGCUGCUUUGCAUGAGCAGAAUUCUCAUGAUAGUCGAUUCAGGGUUAUUAUCAAGAAUCCUUGUUCCGUGUUUAGGCUGUCAGGGAAUCCCAGGUUGUUUAUUUGUGUGUUCAUGUUUAUCAUAAAGUCACUCAGAACUACAAAGUCCUUUGCUUUUUACAUCAACGUACACCAUGAAACACACAAGAAAAACACACGAUAUAAGAGUGUCUGCCUUCCUUUCAACCUUUUUUCCAUCUUCAGAGUAAGACUUGAUUACAUAAAGGAAGUUUAGCUGUUGUCAUGCCUGAAAAUCUCAGGAUGAGAGCAGGGACAGAUGUAUACGAAGGAAUUAAAAAUGGUGUUAAUCCAAUAUAUUUAAUUAGUUACAGUUCAAGCAUAAAUGCUUUCCUUUUGUAACCUAGUACAGUGACGGAGCUAAUUUGACAUGAAAAGGAUAUGUGCCACAAUUUGUGCACUUUUACAGAAGAAAUGUCUCAAAAUUUGCGGCUCUAUGCCUGCAGCUGCUGUGGUUUGCAGGUGUAACAUUUGCACACUUUAGUUUUGCUUGUUUUCGCUUGCGGAAGCUCCACUAGGGCAGCUACCCUAUCUAUCAUACGAUUGAAAAUGUCAACUAGAUCAAAAGUGUUCUAGUCCUCGUGGUUGUAAACGAAAUGCUAAAAGCUGCAUUAACGGCACCUCAAAAACAUGUCAAGAGCAUGCAAUUGCAGCAGCCUCUCCUUUAAGCUCAGGUUGUAAUUGAGAAAGUUCUGACAUACCUCUGUCAUGUCCAAUUCAGAUAAAAAUAUGUCAGGAAUAUUAAAGAAGAAGAGGCGCGCAAUAGGGAUAUUUAAGUUGGUCUGAAAUACUUUAGCAGUUGAAUAUGAAGGGUGAUUAGACUGGAAAGCCCUGUAUUUAAGAUCAUAUACAUACCAACUGCAAUCGCAGUUCCAAGUCCUUAUGCAGCCAAAAAAACAGCACCAUCUGCACAUAAGGGUGGGUGGGGUAUUAGCAGGCUGGAGGGUAUACAAAUAAAUAAAUUGCCAUAGUUCGGGGGUUGGGGAUCCUGUAUUGGAGAGAAAUGCCAACUUUCCUAGGACACAGCCAUUAUUUGGGAAGCAUGAACUGCAACACUUUUAUAAAAUGAAAUUGGGAAAUAUUGGUGUGUUUGUGCUUUUCAAAGUUCCCUUCCUUUUCAAUGGAUGUAAACACAUAGGAUGAUUCUGUUAUACAGUAUAUAUAUUUUUCCCCAAUGGCCAUUAUUUAAAAGCUGGGAUAGGCACAAAUACAGCUUUUUUUAAAAAAAAUGACCCCAGAUUCUUUGUACACACCCUUUUAUUUAAAAAUAAAAGGUAUGCUGUGUGGAUCAAUGAACUAUAUAGUUACAGUUAUGAGAUGGGUAAAUCACCCAAACCUUUAUCCGUUUUAAAACUUUCACUGCACACAAGGUGGUCCUGCUCUGAAUCUGUCACUCUUUGAUAUGAAUGUUACCCAUGAAAGUCUUAUACAGUAUUUGCAAGCUGCAGAAAUGUGUCGAGUUCCCCCCACCGUAAAAAAAAAAGGCCAAUAUGCUUCUUCAAAAUUAUUUAAGAAGAUACUAAGUGGGUGCACAUUGCAGAACCUGGCUUACAGCUUGUGUGAGUAAUCAAAAGCCCAGGGGCUGUAUUUUACCUUCAGAUCCAUGUGUAGCUAAGGGUUGGGAAACUCCCAUCAGACCAAGCAAGCACAGCCAAUGAUCAUAGACAAUAGGGGAUGCAAAUCCAGAAACAUCUGGAGGGCCACAGGUCCCCCACCCCUGCUGCAACAUGUCCUCUUUGUCCUGUACCUCCCACUGCUGCAACUAUUGGAGGGUGGAUAUGAACUGGAAUUGCAGUUAGGGAUGGACAGUUUAAUUUCGGCUCUAACAGGUACCUCCCCACCCCCACCCUAAAUGAAGUGCACAUGGCUGUUUUGGCAGGCAGCUGAUGAGGGAAAAGGUUGUUCACACUUUCCCUAUGUGCUGUGGACCACUUGCAAAAAUUUGAUGCCAUGAUCAGGUCUGGGGGAAAAGGAUCUCUAUUGCAACCUGUUGAAUCAGUGGGUUUGCACCUGACUCCCAGGGUGUUGGAUGAGAGGGAAUGAUUCAUUGGGGGGGGGAAUUGUUUCCCACCCACCCCCCACUUUCAUACAUGCAGAUGCUUAUUUUCAUGAGACGGCAGUAAAACGAACAUCGGUUCGGCUGUUGUUUUCCACUCACCUCCUCCAACUUUCAGGAGGGUUACUAAUUCUUUUUUUAAAAAUGAACCAUUAUGCAUCCUUGUUUAAAAACCAGCAUUACCAAGUUUGAGGGUAAUCGCUGGGAAAAAACAACCAAGCAGUUAUCAUUUGAUGCAACCAGGACAUGAAAGGAAUUCUUAGGUUUUUGUAUUCGACUCUACUGCUUCAAGACAGAAGUACCUUCUUGAGGGAUGUCCAUUUGGUCAGUGUGACUGACUCCAAAGAAACAUCUGAUUAAACCCAUAUCUUAACAUUAGGCUGGCCUUUGGGUUGGACUUAGUCUGACCCCUGUGUUUUUCCUCCCUCAUGGCUUGAAUUUGUGGACUACUCGAAAUGAGGCUGCAUUUUAAAUUUUAAUACUGUAAUUUGGUCUGUAUUUCAAUUAAUUGCUUUUUAUGUUUUAUUGUAUUUUUAUUGGUGUGAGCCGCCCUGAGCCCGGUUUUGACUGGAGAGGGCGGGGUAUAAAUAAAAAUUUUAUUAUUAUUAUUAUUAUUUGCCUAUUGGCAAUGUCUCCUCCCUAAAGGUAAAAACUGCUAGGCCGUUGUCAGAGAUGAAAUGGCUUCCAAAUUGACAACUAUUCCAUCCAUUUCAAUGUAAAGUUUGUUAGAGACACUUAAGUAUUAUACCAUGUGAUGAAGAAACACUAAAAAACACAACCUGAUAACCACUUACUGAGUUUUUAUAUUGGGUGAUAAUCGAGUAUUUUCUAUGCUGAUGGAAGCUGCUUGCUAGUGAACAGAUUAUUUAUUCCUCCUAUAAAUACUAUAAAUAUAAAUCAAUAAAUAUAAAAAUCCUAUAAAUAUAUAGCUGUGCCAUCUGCCCCUAAUCUGUUCUGGAGGUGUUUUUUUUUGGGGGGGGGGGUAUGCUGGACAGCAGGGGAAGAUGAACUGCCAAAAAUACCUCCAUCCCUCAUGACAGAUGCCUUCCACCAAGUAGAAUGGGAUAGCACCCAUUGUGAAGGACUGAGCAGACCAUUGCAUUCCAGGUGGGCAUUAAGAACUACUAAGAGGUUGCGUCUGAUAUCAUUUGUUGUAUGUCUUACUGCAGGGACUGGCUUGUUUUUAAUUGCUCUUGCAUAAGCUACUCUAGGAGCUUCUUUGGCUUACAAGUGGGAUGGAAAUGUUUUAAACACUGAGCAGACUUCUUAACAAGAUUUACCCCAUUUUCAGAGUUUACUGUUCCAGAUUAAUUAAUUAAUAUAUUUAAUUAAUAAGCUAUUUAAUGCUUAU